AUGAAUGUGAUUGGGGACCUCGGUCUGUUCAAGGCCGCGUGCGAUUAUUUCUCUCGAAAACCACCGGAAAAACCAGCGGAGCCCGUAUCAUUAAAAUCACAAACACUCGCAGCCUGGGUACGCGCAGAUGCAUUUCUGCAGAGCGACGCCAAUGAAUCCGACGAGCCUGAGCCUGAGGACAUCGCAAGAGCGCUGCGCGUAUUUGAACAGUAUGUCCAAUAUAGCUCAGAUGGGAAAUCGGAUUCUCUUACGGAGCAGGGUUUACGCCAGGAUGUGUCGUAUCCCAAGCUUCACGCGAUGAUUUCCAACCCGAACACUCCCAUUCGUACCAGUAAACGGAAACGAGAAAGUGACGCCGUCCUUGAGGAAUUUUCGAACUUGGACCGGGGGGCAAAGAUGCGCCGAGUUCUACCUCCUCGCGAAGACCCGAAUGCCAUCGACAAUUUUGACAAAGACCCCGAUGCUGAUUUCGCCGUGCGCAUGAGGAAGCAUCUAGUGUCCUUGGACAAUGCGUUGCGGCAGCACUGGGUAUGCGUUUGCCAGAGAUGCUCAGGGUUGAGCGUGAGACUUUCGCUGCCACAGCAGAACAAAGAUUUCAACGUUGAGACGAGCUUCGAAGUGUUUUUCGGCGUGCGGGCUCCAGGUGAAACUGCAUUGCAAGAAGCAAAAAUAACGAUCAAAGACAUACACAACAGCAGGAUGAGAAGCGCGUCUGAGCCCGUAGUUAGCACCACGCCCGAAUUUGUCCACCUAUGCCAAAGCAUUACAGAGUCGCUCGGUCAGCAAAACUGCUUGCACUUGGCUCUUGAGGGUGGGAUAUUUCAGAGGCUUCGUCCGCAGCCAAAGACUUUUGGCGGCGAUCAAAUGUCGCGAACGGUAUCUUUGUCGGCUCUGUUCCAGCGUCAGCAAGAAUUACGUGGUAAAUCUGCAUUACCACUCAAGGGGAAGCGAAUAUUAGCUGUCACACUAGCUGCUGCGCUGCUCCCAUUCUUGGAGACGCCGUGGAUACAGCCUUCCUUCAAUCACUCACAUAUUCUAUUUGUUGAUCCACUGGAGGAUGGACAACUCCCCGACAUCACGAAGCCCUUUCUGGCCAUGGAACACGUUCCGAUCAUCGCAGCCGGCAGGGCAGCUAAUGGAGUCAAUGCUGACAGCUCUAAACACAAUGUUCAUCCCAAUGCGAGUGUGCUAGCGCUAGGUAUACUCUUGUGUGAGCUUCACUAUUGCACACCUAUAGAGUUGAUGGGAGAUGACCCGCACGGGACCAGGAACGUCAAUUCCGAUUAUUAUACCUGCCUUAAAUUGCUCAACAAUCUAGAAGCUGACGCCGGCAGAGAUUACUUUCUCGCCACGAGAGCAUGCCUGCGGUGGGAGUACCUCCCUCCUGGACAGGAUGCCGCCUUUGAAUCUGACGACGUUCAGCGGCUCUUCUAUCAAAACGUCAUUAAACGACUCGAAGCUGAGAUAUUCAAGUCAUGGGGUCUUCGAAUGGAGAACUUGGGCUCACUUGAUCCUCAACAAAAUCAGCUCUGCUGGGGUCCCUUUGGUCAAGAAGUUGUCCGUCAUGAAACAGCCAAGGUCGAGAUCUCUGACAACGGAUCACGGGCAAUCCCAUAUCGUUCGAUGUCUGACGCCACACCCGCGGCCUACACAACUCUCGCGCCCGAUACGGUACCACGAGCGACGGGGUCGCGACAACCUUCUCCAAACCCCCAAUUUCGUGCACAGCUCGUCGAGAAGAGUCUGUACUUUUUUGACGCAAGUCACCAGGCGGGCAAUGGACAAGAGAGUCCGCUUUCGAUACAAUGGAUGGACAACCUUCUCGCCUCGAUUUAUACCCACGUUGAUCCUUUCGACGCCUUUGAGCCUGGUACCAGAACGUUCGAGCCCGUGCGAAUAGCCAUCUUGGAUUCUGGAUGGGACCCUGAAAAUCCACUUCUAAUGACCGACCAGGGACAAGAUCCACGAAUCAGGAACUGGCAAAGUUUUGUGAGCGGAAAAGAAAAUGAUACUCGAGACGAGAUCGGGCACGGCACUCAUGCUCUUGGACUUCUGCUCAAAGUUGCCACAUGCGCUGAGGUCUACGUCGCCAGAGUUGCAGGUCGCGAGACUCUAGAUCGUGGCACUUACGAUGACAUUGCAAAGGCCAUUGAGCACGCAGUUGAUGUGUGGAAUGUGGAUAUUAUAUCAAUGUCAUUCGGGAUUCGGGAAUACAACAAGCCUAUGCAAGUGGCCAUAUCUAAGGCACUAGCCAAUCAGACACUGCUCUUCGCCGCGGCAUCGAAUGACGGAGCAAAUCUUGGGCGAGCUUUUCCGGCCAAAUAUCCCAGCGUCUUUUGCAUUCACUCAACGGAUGGAAACGGCAAUCCCUCCACGUUCAACCCAACAGCAGAUGACAAAGAUGUCAACUUCAGCUUACUAGGAGAGAAUGUCUCUUCUCACUGGCCAAUUGGCAAGAAUGGCCAUUUUGAACAUGUCAAUGUCAUGUCAGGCACAUCAGUCGCGACACCGAUUGCCGCUGGGCUUGCCGCAUCGAUCCUAUCUUUUGUCCGGCAGCAGGAACAACACAUGCCUCCGGGAGGUGACCUGCUAGGGCCGUGGCUGAAAGACGUCCAUUCAAUGGAUGAGGUUUUGAAGAGUAUGGUUAAGCAGAGGAGAGGGCAAGGUUAUGACUACAUCACGCCUCAUACACUCUUUGAUAGGAAGUCGACAAGGGAGGAGGUUUACAACAAGAUUAAGAGUAUCAGAAAACACUUGUAUGACUAG